GGCAAUCUCCUCCACUUCCGGGUGCCGAAGCUGUCUAUGCAAGAGGAAGGGAACUUGUUGGCUUUAGCUAUACGGCGGCUGCAUAACUGGCAUUUACCUGGCCUGCCGGUGUGGGGGAAACCAGGCAGCAACAGAUAUGUCUGAGAACACCACUGAGUCUGCUCCUAAUGAUGCGACAUUACCCGAGUCUGAAGAUGUUAUUUCUGACCCCGAGCAGCGUACAAUGGCUGAAGACUCACCAAGAAGCACAGCUGCUGAAAUACCCGUUACCAGCAAUGGAGAGAUUGACGAUCCAGAAGAACACGGCUAUAACUUGGACCUAAAGAGAUCAAUACCUGCUGGACUUGGUCUUUCGGAAACACAGAUCACGUCCCGUAGUUUAGACGGCAAUAAUGAAGGAAUUAUCGAGGCUGGUACCCUUCAAGGUUCCCUCUCCACACCCCGGUCUCCUGUAAUAUCUCCUAGUAGUACAGCAGCUAGCAGACUGGCUGGACAAGGAGAUGAUAUAAUUGUUCCCCCAGGGGGAAAACCACAGAAAAGUGGCCCAGUUGUCCUUUUUGAUGAACAAAAAAGUACAGCAAUUGAAAAGCUAGAGCUAGUAAGAAGAUGGAGUUUAAACACAUACAAGUGCACCCGCCAGAUUAUCUCGGAAAAACUGGGACGAGGCUCAAGAACAGUGGAUUUAGAGCUGGAGGCUCAGAUAGAAAUUCUUCGGGACAACAAGAAGAAGUACGAGCAUAUACUGAAGCUGGCUCAGACGCUGUCAUCACAGCUCUAUCAGAUGGUGCAGACCCAGAGGCAACUUGGAGAUGCUUUUUCAGACCUCAGCUUAAAGUCUUUAGAACUACAUGAGGAGUUUGGAUACAACGCAGACACGCAGAAACUACUUGCAAAGAAUGGGGAAACGCUUCUUGGAGCCAUCAACUUCUUCAUCUCUAGCGUAAACACCCUGGUAAACAAGACCAUAGAAGACACUCUAGUUACUGUCAAGCAGUAUGAAACAGCCAGGGUCGAGUAUGACGCAUAUCGCACAGACCUGGAAGAACUGAAUAUGGGGCCCCGAGAUGCCACCACCAUGCCGAAGAUUGAGCAGUCGCAGCAGCUUUUCCAGGCGCACAAGGAGAAGUAUGACAGAAUGCGAAGUGAUGUUUCUAUCAAACUAAAGUUUCUGGAGGAGAACAAGGUGAAGGUUCUUCACAAUCAGCUCGUCCUUUUCCACAACGCGAUCGCUGCGUAUUUUGCUGGGAACCAGAAGCAGCUCGAACAGACGUUGAAGCAAUUCCACGUCAAAUUGAAAACUCCAGGAGUGGACGCCCCAUCCUGGCUGGAGGAGCAGUAAUCAGACUUCAAAGCAAGAAGGCAUUGUCUACACAGGGCCGAUAAAUUUAACUUGAGAAAGGGGGCUCAGAAUCUUAUGGAUUCUUACAGACAGCUUUCACUUUUUCCUUUUUGUCAUACUUUAACAAUCAAAUUUAUUAAUGGUGGAGUGGGGCUUUAAUAUAUCCAGGCGCAGAUUCUGUAAUUUAAUUAGGGAACACUUUUUUUUUUUUGUACCGGGGCAACAGUCAAUAAAUGUAGGUAAAAUGAUGUCUUUGCACUGAAAACCAAAAUAAAUAACGACCAUAUUUGUGGCCCAGAUAGUGGCCAAUUGAAAUGUUUCCAAAGGGUAGUUAAACGAUUUCUAUCAAACAUCAGAUUUUAUAUAUCUCUAUCAGGCUUCUGUGAGGAGUUCUAUGUAACUGAGUUUUUAUUAAAAAGGCAAGAGUGCAGAUAUUUUGUAAAUUCAUACAAAUAAGAUUUUUUAAAAGCCUGUAAAUAUAAAGCAAUUAAGAUAAACCAGCUGGCUGGGAGCUGUGCAACUAGCAGGAGUGCUGCCCCUUACCUGAGGACUUUAUUACAGUAGCAUGGCCCGAGGGCAUCUCCAGCUGUUCAUUGGCCUUGUUACUGCAGAAAGUACAAUAAGAAAAA